CAAUACUAAUGUUUGUUUACAUUCAGCAGUGACCUCGGACACCAGCAGGAAAAGUAUUGUUUGUCAGUCAAGUUGCUCUUCGUGUUUUCUCUAUACUGUCUCGAAGUUUUCCACAUUUUUCAUUUAAACAUCAACAAAAAUGACAGAGGCUGUAGCAAGCUCGAGCAAAAUGGACAAACUGGCUGAAUUUAAGGCACGACUUGCAAAGCUGCAUACAAAAAGGAAUGAAGCUGCUGCUUUAAAUCACAAGGAGGUUGUCGAAGAAGAUCGUUUGAAACAGAUGCCCAAAAAUCAUUUAAAAAAGAGGGAAAGACUUGAAGCAGAGUUCAGAGAAGAAAAACGAAAAGAAGCAGUAAUAGCAGAGGGAAAAGAUUAUGACAGGGUGAGGAUGCUGGAAGUAGGUGCAGAUGAGGCAGAACAGUAUGAAAGGAAAAAAAGAAAGAAAAAUCCUGACCUAGGUUUCUCCACAUAUGAAGAUGCAACUAUAAGACAGUAUAACCGUCUUGUGAAAAAUAAGAAGGUUGAUUUAGAAGAAUAUGAACGGGAAAAAGCAGCUGUUGGUGAAGAUGCCUUCUAUGGAAGAGAUAACACCAUUGCCAUUGGAUUGCACAAAGAUACACCGGACGCUAUAGACAACAUGGUGAAUGAUCUUGAAAAGCAAAUUGCAAAACGUGAGAAAUAUUCUCGCCGUCGCAUCUUCGAUGAUGAUGAUGACAUCAACUUCAUUAAUGAGCGCAACAUGAAGUUCAACAAGAAACUGGAACGCUUCUAUGGAAAUUAUACAGAGGAAAUUAAACAGAACUUGGAAAGAGGCACUGCUGUAUAAUUUCUUUGUACAGUACUGUAAUUUGGAGAAAAUUACCAUUUUUUAUAAGCAUGCUCACAUUAACAUACACUCCAAAGUAACAGACUUUAUUGUAUCUCAGACACUUCAGGCCACAGAUUCUGUUACAUAACAGAUUUCUAUGUUACUAUGUCAAUACACAUUAUCUUUGGAAAAAUUUUAUUAAUUUCUGUUGUAUGUUCACACAGACGUCAUUUUAAGUCCGAGAUGUUAGGACAUAAUAUAGGUAGUGUACAUCAUCCAGGUACAAAAUGAUCGCGAGUUUUUAUUGUGUGCAGAAAAAUCUGCUUGCUUUGUUCUGUAUUUGCAUAAAUGUUAAUUCAGUUUUGAAACAUCUUUCUAUAAUAAUACAGUUACUUCAGAUGAAAGUACCUAUGCAUAAAGGUAAUGUAUUUGGUAAGAACAGACAAUGAAAUCCUAAGGGUGUCUGUGAAGUUAAGGUAUUGCAGUAUAUUCUUAGUAAAUUAUUAUCUAAUUUUGAAGUUCAUGUUUUUCAUUACUUUUUUUGCCUGUAAAGUUUGAAGAAUUUUUCUUUUUUUUACUGCUUAUAAACAAACAAAAGUUUUUGUGUACAUGUUUUGAAUUAAUCUAAUUGAGAACUUUUUUGCUUUGUAAAUAAUAAAAUUUCAAAUAUACUUAAUUACCAUGCAAUGACAGUAAGUUUUAAAAAUAAAAAAUGGUUGGUAAUCUUUAGUAUAGUUCAGUAUCAUUAGCUAGUUAGAUUUGCUAUUUUUAAAAGCUAUCAUAAUGAAGAAAUGUUUGUAAACCUUUUCUAUUUAGGUACUUAAAUAUUUGUUCAUAUAUUCUUUAUAUCAAAGUGAUGUGGAACAAAGUUCCAAACUUUGAUUUCAAACAUAGUGCAAUUUAUGCAGGAAGAUAUUUUAUUGAUAAUUCUAUUUACUAGAAUUACAGUACAGAAAGACAAAAUCUUGGGAUCUUGUCAAAAUGGACUAGAAAUUAUGGGGUGGCCGCAAGCCUUAUGAUACAAAAUAUAUAAGCAUUUGCCAAAAAUUAAAAAAAAAUGAAUACUAUUAUAAUCUUACAUUAAAUUUUCAAAGUUGAAUUGUUGGAAACUUAAAUAUUUGUUUGUAUGUAAAAGAGAAAAUUACUGUACCUAAAGCAAGGAUUUGCUCUUAAUGGUACGUAUCGCUUUACUGUAGGAAAUGUUUUCACCCUACAGUUUGGAUAGCUUCCAAUUUAACUGCGCAAACAUUUAAUUCAAAAGUAUGUUAUACUCAUCCUACAGUUAAGAUAACUUCCAAUUUAACCAUGCAAACAUUUAAUUCAAAAGUAUGAUAUACUUAUCAUAAGGUAGGGUGCAUAUUAUAGGGCAUAUGAGUUACCCUCAAAUACUUUUUAAGUUUAUAUUGUUUUGUAUUUCUACUACCAUAAGAUGUUUGAAGAUGUUUGUACUAUAGGAACUAGAUUAUUACUGUAAUUUGUUAAAUAUAUAAUAUUGUAAAAAAAACCUAAA